AUGGGCAACCACUCUGGAGCGCUUGAGCUUGGGAUGGCUGAACUGGUGCGAAUCCGCAAGAAAAAGCUGCAGAUACCCAUCUCUAGGCUUAGGAGCAUGCUGAAGCAGCUUGAAGAGAAAGAUGUUGAUUUUGAGGAAAUCAAAAAGAACUUGGAUUUCACAGCAUCGUUACUGGAGGCAGUCUACCUCGAUGGCACAAGGCAGUGUCUGGAGUCUGAAGAUGAUCUUCAGCAGCUGCAGUCAGACGGAGUGCCAUCAGAGGUCACUGACUGGCUGGCGUCCACGUUCACUCAGCGGAUUCGGAGGCCUGUUCGUCGCUCCGAUGAAAAGCCCAAGUUUCGCAGCAUUGUGCAUGCAGUGCAAGCUGGGAUAUUUGUUGAGAGGAUGUUCAAGAGGGCCUACAGUGCAUCCAUGCCAGACCAACCUGCAAUGGUUGUAAACUGCCUCAGAGAUGUUGAUCGUUGGAGCUUUGACGUGUUUGCUCUGAACUCUGCCAGCUCUGAUCACGCUCUACAAACGCUCUUCUUUGAGCUGAUUACCAGAUAUGAACUCAACAGCCGUUUUAAGAUCCCUAUCUCAUGCAUGACUGAAUUCCUGUCUGCGCUGGAGAGAGGAUACUGCAAGCACAACAACCCUUAUCAUAACCAUCUCCAUGCUGCAGAUGUGACUCAGACUCUGCACUGCCUGCUGCUGCGCUCUGGACUUGUGCACUGGCUGACGGAGCUGGAGGUGAUGGCGGCGCUCUUUGCUGCAGCUAUUCAUGACUACGAACACACAGGAACCACAAACAACUUCCACAUCCACACAAAGUCUGAGUUUGCAAUGAUCUAUAAUGACCGGUCUGUUCAAGAAAGUCAUCAUGUAAGUGCAGCAUUUCGCCUGCUGCAGAACGACCAGGUCAACCUCUUCACAAAUUUGACACGAGAAGAAUGGAUGGAGCUGCGAUCACUUGUUAUAGAGAUGGUGUUGGCCACCGACAUGUCCUCCCACCUACUCCAGGUCAAAGCCAUAAAAUCCUGUCUAAAACAGCAGGAACGGAUUGAUAAGCCUAAAGCCCUGUCUCUGUUACUGCACACGGCUGACAUCAGCCAUCCAUCCAAACCCUGGGCGCUGCACUCUCGCUGGACCAAAUCCCUAAUGGAAGAGUUUUUCAGGCAGGGCGAUAGAGAGGCAGAGCUCGGCCUUCCCUUCUCUCCGCUGUGCGAUCGAAAAAGCACCCUAGUAGCUGAAUCCCAGAUUGGUUUCAUAGACUUCAUCGUGUAUCCCACAUUCUCUCUGUUGACGGACAUGGCAGAAAAAAUUGUUAUUCCUUUGGUGGAAGAGAAUCCAGGUCCCCCAGACCCCUGCAACAGACACAGUAAUCUUUGGAAGGAGAGCUCCAGAGGUCUGCAGUGGAGUCUGGCACACAUCACAGCCGAACUGGUGAGCUUCCGCUCCACUUGGACACGACACACUGAAGACAACAAGCUCAAAUGGAAAGAAACUGGAUCAAAUGGAUUUUCUGACCCCAGUGUUACAAAAGAACAAAGAUCCAGUAAAGAAGAGUUGUCAGAGAAAUCCCUUCAAGACUCCACAGCAGAUAAAAGCCUGUAGAUGGGACUUUUUUGAUAUAGUCUUGUUUUGUUGAAUAUUCACAAAGUUCAGCUGAGGGUAAAAAUAAUUCACAUUUUGUAAGAAAGGGAUAGUGGAGAAAAAAUUGAGGUGGAACUAAAGGUCAGAGUCAUCUUCCAAAGGUAAGAUG